GUUAAACUGCCACCUCAGUCUUAGAAGACAAACCUCUUGCAAGGCCAUUUCCAACCCACGAAGACUAACAUAAAUAUGAUUCAAUAUUUUCUGCUAUUUGGACUGGUGUUGAUUAACGGGAUCGAUGCAACCAAAGGGAAAGGUGGAGGAUAUGGCGGUGGAUACGGCGGAGGAAUGAGCUACGGAGGAGGCUACGGAGGUGGAGGCUAUGGCGGAGGACAUGGAGGCUAUGGCUCAGCACAACAGCACGUCAUUAUCGUACCUGCUCCUCAUCCAGUUUUCUAUCAUGUUCCCGCACCCAAACCUAUUCCCGUACCUGUUCCAUCAUAUGGCGGAGGCGGAUAUGGAGGAAGCCACGGAUCGUCAGCAGGAGGAUAUGGAGGAAGCCACGGAUCGUCCGCAGGAGGAUAUGGAGGAAGCCACGGAUCGUCCGCAGGAGGAUAUGGAGGAAGCCACGGAUCUUCAGCAGGAGGUUACGGAGCACGUCCCGGCUCUUACGGAGGUCAUGGAAUCGGUCAGUCCGCUGGAUACGGAGCACACACAGGCUCACCUGUUCACGUCCACGUUCACCCAUCAGCUUCGGCCCCAACGUACCAAUCACCAUCUGUAGCUCAUUAUCGCCCAACUCCAGUUGCCUCUUAUGGAGGUGGCUACGGUGGAGGUCAUUCAAGUGGAUACGGUGGAGCUGCAAGUGUUCCUUACGUUCCUGCUCCGAUUGCAUCAUCGUAUCAGGGUCCGGUCUCCUCUUAUGGUAGUUCCCAUGCUGUCGGAGGCUACUAAAGAAUUUAACUUUAAUUUUUUCUUCUCCAACCUUCUUCUAUCAAGUUUUCCUGAGGAAAUGAAAAGAGGAAUUGUAUUAAUAUUCAUCCUAACAACACUAAGAGAUAAUCAAUUUACUAGCUCGAAAUAAUCAAAUACAAAUGACGAACUAA